CACCGUCGACCCCACGUCCCAACAGCUCAUGCAGCAUGUCCCAGCCAGCCCCUCCACCCUCUGGGCGGCGCCUCGUCGGUCAGCCUCUGCUCUAUUCCAUCUCCAUAUUCGCUAGCUUGGGCGUCUUUCUGUUCGGCUAUGACCAAGGUGUUAUGUCCGGGAUCAUCACAGGUCCCCAUUUCCGCCAGUUCUUUGGCAACCCCGGGCCCGUAGAGAGGGGAACAAUGGUAGCUGUGCUCGAAAUCGGCGCAUUCAUCACUUCUCUUGCUGCUGGUCAGGUCGGUGACCGAAUUGGUCGCAGAGGAACACUCUGCAUAGGCGCCAUCAUUUUCGGUAUUGGCGGUGCUAUUCAGACGUUUACCACCGGAAUCCCAGUCAUGAUCAUCGGCCGAAUAAUCAGUGGGUUCGGUGUCGGUCUCCUUUCGACAAUUGUACCUAUAUAUCAAAGCGAAAUCUCCCCACCUAAUCACCGUGGAGCCUUGGCCUGUAUGGAAUUCACCGGGAACAUUUUUGGUUAUGCAUCCUCCGUAUGGAUCGACUACUUCUGCUCCUUCAUCGACUCCGAUCUCGCGUGGCGGAUACCACUCUUUAUUCAAUGCGUCAUUGGCGCAAUUCUGGCAGCAGGAAGCCUCGUUCUUCCAGAAAGUCCUCGAUGGCUUAUCGACGUGGACAGAGACGAGGAGGGGAUGCAGGUUAUUGCUGACCUUCACGGCGGUGAUCCAGAAGACCUCGUGGCGAAAGCUGAAUUUCAAGAAAUCAAAGAUAGAGUGAUGUAUGAGCGGGAGCUGGGUGAAGGACGCACGUACGCUGCAAUGUGGAAAAAAUACAAGCGUCGCAUUCUCUUGGCCAUGUCAUCCCAAGCUUUUGCGCAACUCAACGGUAUCAACGUUAUCUCGUACUACGCACCGAAUGUAUUUGAAGAGGCUGGGUGGCUGGGUCGUCAAGCUAUUCUCAUGGCUGGCAUCAACGCAAUCAUUUACCUGCUUAGCACCAUCCCAACGUGGUAUCUCGUUGACCGAUGGGGUCGUCGCUCAAUCCUGCUCUCCGGAGCUGUGGUCAUGGGAAUGGCUUUGGCUGCCACAGGUUGGUGGAUGUAUAUCGACGUUCCCCAGACGCCGAACGCGGUGGUAGCUUGUGUCAUCAUCUACAAUGCAUUCUUCGGGUACAGUUGGGGGCCUCUCCCAUGGUUGUAUCCCCCCGAAAUCUUGCCUUUGACCGUCCGUGCGAAGGGUGUUUCUCUGUCCACUGCUACCAACUGGGCAUUCAACUUCCUCGUUGGUGAGGUAACCCCGAAACUUCAGGAGACGAUAGCCUGGAGAUUGUAUCCCAUGCAUGGCUUCUUCUGCGCCUGCAGUUUUGUGCUCGUGUAUUUCUUGUAUCCUGAAACGAUGGGCGUUCCUUUAGAAGAGAUGGACGCCGUCUUUGGAGAAGACGAACGCGAAGAAGCGCUAGAGAACGAUUCAGAGCGGGCAUCCUUGGUGUCUGGCACCAUGCCUACCAACCACCAAUCAAUCAGCCCGCCGCGCGGAAAGCCUGAUUCCCCGUCGAGCCGCGGGUGGGUCAGCCGGCUCAUGGGGCGGAUUGACGGGCGGGCGUCCUACCAGCCUAUCGCGAACAAUGAAGAAUAGGAACUUGCGAGGAUGGACGGCGACACGGGCGGAGAAGACGAGAACGAGCGGACGUCUAGGAUGAGAGGUGAGCCUCUGGCGUAGAUGCCCUAUGUCACCUGUGCGUGCAUGUGUGCGUGCAAUGUGCACUUGGUGUGCUCGCUUCGACGAGGAGCUUCCUGACCGAUUCGAUGGCCUGUCUGGGUGGUACGUCUAAGUGCCGUGCGUGCGUGCCCCAGGACGGUCAUACUGCCUUCUCCUCUUCAUUGUCCAUCCUCACAGUUUUACUUGUUCUCGUCAUUUUACUGCUGUGCUCUCAAAGCUGCACUUGUUCGCAUGUAUUGUUCCUACUAUUACUACUGUACAGCAUACCCCCUCAAUAACUCGCAUCGUGUCACGAUCUUUCACUCUUAACUCUUCAUUAAUUCAUCAUCGGCCGUGUUUUUUUUGAGUGCCC